AUGGCGAAUGUACAGCAGUUAUCCGACGAGUACACAGAUCUCCAGAAGAAGCUCCAGGAUGUUAUCGAAGCCCGUCAGAAACUAGAUGCCCAGCUUUCGGAGAACCAGGCUGUCCAGAAGGAAUUCAAAACACUUGAUGGGGAUGCAAACAUCUACAAGCUCAUCGGGCCUACUUUGAUAAAGCAGGACAAGGACGAGGCGGUCAUGAAUGUUGAUAAGCGUUUAGACUUCAUCGAGAAGGAAAUAAAGCGAAUAGAGGGGCAGAUUACCGAGUUCUCAGAGGCCAGUGAGAAGAAAAAGGCGGAGAUAAUGCAAAUUCAAAUGCAACAGCAACAGCAAGCGCAGGCGCAGCAGAAAUAG